GCAUGCCUAAGUGUUACUAAAUAGAGUCAUUUGUGCAGGGUGUGCAAAGAAAAAGUAAAUUUAGAAGGUGAUGACAUCCAGGACGACAAAGAAAUUACAACUAAAUAGGAAAGAGAACGCGCACUACAAAAUUGCAGCUUGAAAAGCGUGUAACGUAUAAAACGAAAAGAUAACCGUUAGUGGAAAAUCCAAAGGUGUAAGUGAGAAAACCUUAUGGGGAAAACUAAUGGUCUGCAUGAGAAAGAGCAACAACAGGGGUGUUUCUGUCACAACGGGGAGUGUCCCGAAUUUUGCCGCCCUCGUUAUGAAGUUUGGUGUAAACAUGUUCCACUAUAGUAUUUGGUCAUCGUACUAACCGCAGUUUUCAGAACAAUCAUAUUGUCGGUUUUCUUAUUACGUUCACCGCUUAUUGAAAAACACUUAUCGACGUCAUUAAACUACCUAAACUUAUAACCGUGCAGUGUUCUUCGCAGUGAUUUUAAAUCAUCGACGGAUAAUGCUUUGCUAAAUUCGCAAAUAAUGUCUUCAGAAUCCGACUUACGUGAAAUUGAAGUAAACGUCGUGUCGAGUCCGGAAUGUUCGAGCCGCAACGCAUCUCCGGAACCCGAAAGUUACCGCAUUAUAAAUCGCAUGUCCACCCCUAAUAAAACAUGUUUUCCGGUGAUCAAAACUAACGAAGAUGAAAGUGCGAACACUAAAGACGUCUCUAAGGCGACCACUACACAGAAAACUUCAGGAUCGUCGACGAACUUUUCAAUUUCUAGUAUCUUAAGUAGAAAUGAGCCAUCGAAUAAGAAGAACGGAUAUCCUACUUCACCAACUGGAAAUAUUUUAGAUUCCGCUAUUAAUUCUAGUCCAGAUAGUGCUAUGUUAUCAAGGUUAGGUCUAAUGUCACAUUUUGGGGCGUUGGCGGCAGCUAGUAGUAGAUAUGCAGCUUUAUGUGGACCAGGUGAUCCUAGGAGUUUGCCAUGGUAUUGGAGCCGUUUACAACCACAUGUACCUCAUGAUAGAUCUAGUCCAAAUGGUGCCGUUAAUAAUGAAGAUCAAUCACCUCCUCUAUCACCGCGCGAUCCUCACAAUACUCAAUCUUCCGACUCGGCACGUUCGCCACGUCCGACUUCCCCAAUGGAAAGUCACAGAUCCCCCAGAAGCAGUCCGCACCAUUCGAACGUGAUAACAUCGACACAUCCGGUCUUUUUAGAUCAAACGUACUUAAAUAUAACGCACGCGAAAAGUCCCUACAGAGAGAGUGAAAAUAUGACAAUAGACGAGGAAAUCGAAGAGGAAGAAAGCGACUACGAUAACGAUAAAGAUAAAAAAAUACAAAACUCGAGCAGUUUAAGUCCGGGAAAUUCCCUGGCGAAUAAACGUAAAAAGAAAACGCGAACGGUGUUUUCGCGAUCGCAAGUAUUUCAGCUGGAAUCAACGUUUGAUAUGAAAAGGUACUUAUCAUCGUCGGAACGUGCGGGGCUCGCCGCAAGCCUGCACCUAACCGAAACGCAAGUAAAGAUAUGGUUUCAAAAUCGGCGAAAUAAGUGGAAGCGUCAACUGGCGGCAGAACUGGAGGCGGCAAAUAUGGCUCAUGCCGCCCAACGACUUGUACGCGUUCCGAUUUUGUACCACGAGUCCGCGAAUGCGUCGAUGCGACAUCCGUUUGAGCAAAACCACGCUUUGGCAUUGCACCAUCCGCUCGAAGGUUCCAGAGACGCGGCGAGUUCGGCGGCGAAUUCCGUCGUCAGUUCACCAACUGGUUACCCCGGUUCGCUGUAUUACCAUCACCAGGCUGCCGUAGCAGCAGCGGCCGUCCAUAGUUUACCAUCCAGUCCGGUCAAUCGUCCUCCGAUGUCGGGACUUGUAUGAGAUCAAUAAAUAACGCGACGAAACAAAGUACGGCUCAACCUAAUUUUUGGUGCAAUAUUUUAAAUUUCCUUUUAAGGAGCUGUACGUCACGCUGCUGUAAAUAUGUAAUGCAUUACUGUAGUUAGAUUAAUUUAUGUAUCAUUGUAAAUAUGAAUGUAAAAAUUUGUAAAACAAAAAGAUCUCUCAGUACUAUCACGUUUAGGACGUGUAUAUGUGUAGCAA